AUGGCACCAAAAGGCAAGAAUCCUAACACUCCAAAGAAAGCUACCAAGUGCAAGAUGGUUAAAAAUCUCAUUGAUAAAGACUCUGAUUAUGAAGAUGAAGAACUACUACUCAAGUGGAAGAGAAAGAAAUCAAGUCCCAAGGCACCUCCUCUACCUAUACCUAUUGAGGUAGAGGAUAGUGAUGAUACUGAGACCACCACUCCAGCUGAGAGUGAAUCUUCUAAGCAAGAGGGUUCUAAGCAAAAUGAGUCCGAACAGCCUGAGCCUGAGAAGGCUGAAUCUGAAGAAUCAGAGGCAGGACAUACUGAGUCUGACAAAUCUAAUUCUGAGGAACCAUCCUCAGAAACUCCCUCAGCUGAGAAUCAAGUUGAGAAGAAACCACUAGCCAGUGAAAAGGAGAAUAAGAAAAACAAAGAAGCUAAAAAGUGUAAGAGAAAGAGAAAAAAGAAUGAUAAGAAUGAGAGUAAAGCCGAUAAAAAGGCAAAGAAGAAAAAGAAGGCAAAGAAGACACUACAGGCAGAUAAUGAGAUAAUAGAACAGGAAAAAGUAGAUCUGAAAAAGGCAAUGAAAGCAUCCCUAAAGGACAAUUAG